GGAAACCCUCAAAAAUUCAAUCUCAUUCCCAUUUCCGCGGAACAAAGUAUAAACUCGGACGAAGACGAACCCUAAAAAAAGAAAAAGACGACGAUGAUGCUAGGGCAAGCUGCGAAGAAGGCUCUAGGGCUUACGUCACGUCAAUCAACGCCGUGGCCUGUUGGAAUCUACCGUUCUUACCAUGAGAACGUCAUCGACCACUACGACAACCCCCGCAACGUCGGCUCUUUCGAUAAGAAUGAUCCCACCGUCGGCACGGGGCUCGUAGGAGCUCCUGCGUGCGGUGAUGUGAUGAAGCUUCAGAUCAAGGUCGAUGAGAAGACUGGUCAAAUCGUUGAUGCUCGCUUUAAGACCUUUGGUUGUGGUUCAGCUAUCGCUUCUUCAUCUGUCGCUACUGAAUGGGUGAAAGGCAAAGCUAUGGAGGAUGUCCUGACCAUCAAGAACACCGAGAUCGCGAAGCAUCUGUCUCUCCCACCAGUCAAGCUCCAUUGCAGUAUGUUGGCGGAGGACGCCAUCAAGGCAGCUGUGAAAGACUACAAGGAGAAGCGUGUGAAAACGAAUGGUGCUGCAGCAGCUGGAGACACCACACAGGCUUGAGUCCUUUUAUUAAUGUGUAUACCAUAGUGUGUAUAUGAUGGUGAAAACAGGGGAGGAGUAGAAGAGGAUACAUACAACCUGUGGUAUGUAAUGAAAUGUUUUUUUUUUUUUUAUAAGUUUCAAGUUUACGAAGUAUUUUGUUUGAAUAAACUCUGUUGACAUCAAACAUCCCAAGAAUGAUUUACUUUUUUCCCCUGUAGUUUCUACUAUUGUAUUGCGUUGUAAUGCUUUCUCUCUUCAUUGGGAGAUGUAUAACUUUGAAAGACAAGUCUACAAUUUUCAGUUUUGGUGUUUUUCUCA